CCAUAAAGACAAAAACGACCGAACGCACUCAAAAACACUUCCAACUUACUAGCUUGGUCUUUCUUCUCUCCACUCAAAAAGAAGAAAAAGGAAAACAUGCAACCGGAGAAUUCGGAGCUCUACCGUUUUCUGGCUCAAAACGGUGUCGGACAUGGAUCCUCCUAUGGCUUUUCUUCUUCCAGCUACGACUUUCAAAUUAUGCAAAGCUUUUCAAAUUCCUGCAUCAGCGAAACGACGCCGCAGGAUAGAGCUCUUGCUGCUUUGAAGAAUCACAAAGAAGCUGAGAGAAGAAGGAGAGAAAGGAUUAACUCUCAUCUCAACAGGCUUAGGAGUCUUCUCCCUUGUAACUCUAAGACAGACAAAGCUUCGCUUCUAGCAAAGGUGGUCCAACGCUUGCGAGAACUGAAACAACAAGCGGUUGAGGUAACUGAAGUGGAGAACUUACCAUCCGAAACCGAUGAGAUCAGGGUUCUGUCGUGCGAUUAUUCAAGUGAUGGAACAUCAAUUUUCAAGGCUUCAUUGUGCUGUGAGGACAGGUCGGAUCUUUUUCCGGAGCUGAUUCAGGUUUUAAACUCUCUCCAUUUGAAGACUCUGAGAGCCGAGAUGGCGACCUUUGGAGGAAGAAUCCGCAACGUUCUGGUUGUGGCGGCGGACAAAGAUCACGGCAUUGAAUCAGUUCAUUUGUUGCAAAACGCAUUGAAAUCUUUGCUCGAACGUUCCGACUCAAUCGAUCGGCCUAAAAGGAGACGGGCAUAUGAUCACAAUGUAAUGGUCCCCUGAUGUAGUCGCUGAUUUAAAAUUUUCAUCUUCUUUUUUUUUUUGGGAAAUUUUUCAUCUUCAACUUUGCUGUUUUUUUUUCUUUUCUUUUGUUGGGGGGGGGGGGGAGUGGGGUGACUGCACCGAGUGAGCUAGUUAUUGUAUUCUAAAAAGACAUGGAUUGUAAUUCUAGGGUGGAUGCUGUUUAACUUGUAUUUCGAAUGAAACCCAAUAAAAAGGGAACAAAGCAAAUUGAAAAUCCGAUAUUUCUUGGUU